AAAUACGUUUUUUUUUUAGUUUAUAAACCUAUGACUUCAGCUUUUUUGAAACUUUAGUUCAAGAUUUCUGAAAAGUCAAAAUGUAUUCAACAUAUUUUAAGGCCAUCUACAAUUGUGCAUAUCUAAUAGUGUUAGUAUUGGCAAAUGAUUACCAAGAAAACUUGAAAAAAACCCGAGAAAAUUUCGAAAUAGCAAUAUUUGAAUUAAUGAAUUGCUUAAAUCAAAGAGCCAUGGGUCAUAAAGUAAACGAAACAGGGUGGUGUUCAAGGGAAGUAACAGAUUUAUUAAGUGAAGCCAGAAUAUUACAUGUAAUUGGCGUGUUCACGGAUGAAGAUAUGGAAUUAGAAAUAGGACACUAUAUCUGUAGUAUAUCUAAAACAGAAAUUAAAGCAAUGUUUUCUGGAGGGGAUAUUUAUAAUAAGUGUGUAACUUUUACUAAGGAAUGUGGUGCUGAAUACAGAAGGGUGUUAUAUUUAGAAAAAGAAAAUACUGUCUCUAUAGUUGAAAGAUUUAAAUCAUUCGUCAAAGACAUAAAAAAAAAAUGGAGUAAAAAAUCUUCACAAGAAAAUUGAUAUCUGAUACAAGAAAAAACAAUUAAAAUUGCAAAAAAAAAAGAAUAUUUUAAUAUUUUAAAAAUAAGUUUACAUUUCAAUAACAAUCACUGGUGAAAAAUAUUGUUUAUUAUUAUUAAGUAAUAGUAACUUAAUUGCUAUUAAGUUAAUUAUUAGUUUUACAUUUGGUAAAAUAUUAAAUAUUUUGUCUAACUAAAUUUGGUAUUACACAAAGAAGUCAGAAUUUGGUA